AUCAAUGGUGUAGUGGUCCCACGCACGCCACUCAAAGAUCACAGUGCCCUUCCUGAGAGCACUCACACAGACAGACAGACAGACAGACAGAAGCAGGCAGGUCUGUGCUCAUGGGGCCGGCCGGGCUGGGAGUGUGUUUGGACGGACGGACGGACCUAUCGGUUUCGGUGACGGCUGCUACCUGCAGCGGCACUUGGUGGCCUUUGUGCCAGACAAUCUCGCGAAGCUUGUGCAGAAAGAGAGACCCGCCUGACGCACACACAGAUUGAUUAAGUAUGCAUGGGAAGAGCGCAUCGCACUCGCACACCUCCCCACACCACACCACACCACACGCGACAGCAACCGCCACGCCCUCACCUGAAGCAAGCUUUUUGAAGUCAUGCGCUGAGAGAAACAACGAAGAGCAGCCCAUCGAUCCAUCCAUCCACCCACCCACCCACUCAUCGUUGUGUGGUGGGGUGGGGUGGGGUGGGGUGUGGCCUCACUCACAGUCGGCUGUGUAUCCGUGCGGUGCGGUGUUCUUGCGGACGAAUCUGUAGCUCUUGUCGACCUCCGACAGGCCGAAGACCAUGUGGCCAUUGGCGUUGAUGUCGAAGUUGGCCCGCCCCGCCAUGGAGAUGUUGUCCUUGAGCCGCAGGUGGAAGACCAUGUCGCCCCGGUUGUCCAGGACCAGGAGGUAGGGAGUCCACAUCUUGCUCUUCUCGAUCACCUGGGACUUCUUGUUGGAAGCCAGAAUAUACCCAUCGCUCACCUUGCCCGCCUUGGGCGGCACCGACAGCCGCACCCGGGGCAGUUUGUGCUCGAAGGGCAGCGUCUUGUAGCCGCUCCGCAGGUAGUGCGCCAGCUGGAAGGUCUUCAUCUCGUGCAGCCCGUCGUGGAACCGGGGCGAUGCCUUCAUCGCCGUCGCGUUCUCACCACCAUCGAUGACAGGAUAGUCUUCGGUGAGCGCGUGUGCGCUGUAGUGGCUGUUGAAGUCCAGGGGCGAUACGGGUCCGUCCCACGAGUGGUCGUAGCCGAAGGUGUCGUCAAAGUAGAAGGACCGCUCGUUGAUGAUCUGUAUGCCGGCCGCCCUGCCAAAGUCCUGCAGCCGCUUGGAGCUGUCGUCACGCGUCAGAAACCGCUGGUCGCCCACAUUCCAGCUGUGCAGCGCCUUGCCAGACACACGGAACGACCAACUCAGCCCGCCCAGCGGCUUGCCGGCCACCGUCCGCAGCCCCUUCUUGACGGUCACCUUGACCCGCUCCCCCGGCUUGAAGGGCCGCACCAGCUUGAGCACGAUGGUGCGCCGGUCCUCGGCAAGCACGACUCUCCCCUUGCCCUUGCCGAGCUUGGAGCCGCUCUUCUCGCCCACGGCCUGAAUCUUGCCGACGACGCUGUCCGGCCUGAUAUGGUCGCCGUGGCGCACACCAAUCGACGUGAAGGGCGACACGUACACGGCAUCAGGCCGCGGGUGCACAUAGUUGAAGGCGCCGAAGCGCAAGGGGCCGGGGCUUUCGGUUCUGCCGAGGGUGGGGAAAGGGAAGGUGUGAUUGUGGGGCUGUUUGUGGAGGGACUGGCGGAAAGGUUUGCCCGGAGCGGCGCUGGCCAGGUAAGGAGAGAGGGUCAAGAGGAAGGAGAGAAGCCCGGCGAGAAGGCGGCAGCAGUAAGAAAAGAGCGGGGGUGGAAAGGUCAUGGCUGGACUGUUAUUUCUUCCUCGGCGGUGGUGAAUGUGUCAACUCGG